AUGUGCGACACCGCACCGCCCAACAACGAGCCGCCGUGUGCCGCGCUGCCGAGUGUCGCGCCGGCCGGUGAUGUGCCGCCGGGAGCCGAGCCGCGGAGGGUCAGAGUCCGCGGAGCCUCGAGGCGCGGGGCGUCAGCGGCAGUGCCGCCUUCCGCGGCGCAAGCGCCUGCGGCGCCCCCGCCCGCUGCGCCGCCAGGUGGGGCGCUGCGAGGGCCCGGAAAGGUCGCGACCGCAUUGCCGGACAACGUCGCGCCCCAGAAAGACUUUGUCCCGCGUCUAACGAAAAAGACUGUUGUAAAUGACUUAACAAAUAAUGAAGAAAAGUCUUUAGAAGGAAAUGAAAUUGAAGUAGCUCAAUUAUUAGAACUUGGUACAGAUACUGGUGACAAUAUUGACACCACGUUCGUGACGAUGCGAAAGCAUUCGAGAUUAGAUAUUGAAGAAAAAGAAAAAGAAAUGGAACAUGAUGAAGAUGAAAAUUGA